AUUUGGAAUGGGAACUUGCCCUAGUUGCUUGUCAAGCUCUUGCCUUCGACAAGCCUAUUCCUCGUAUUGGAUCUGGUUUGUGUUAUGAAGAGUAUUCCCUUUAAAAAAAAAAUUGUCGAAAAAAAUAGAACAAAAAAAGAUCUGAUCAAAUUAAUAAAAAUCCUACAAUAUCCUUGUACUGUAGGUAAUAGCGUACAACAGUGGCACUCCCACUGGGCAUGCCCCCAACUUGAAAUUUGAUUUAACUGUCACUUUCAUUUGUUUUUUUUUUUGGAAGAGAAUGUCGAUGCCCCAUCUAAAUUGGUCCUUCCUCAUCGUCAAUUUACUCAUCUUUCAUUUUUCAUUCAGAACCUCAGCAAUCAGGAAGGAUAUUGGAUUAGAAAAACGUAUUUGCAGGAAUACGGUUCAAGGAAGAUACUCACUGUCCGAUGACAAUGGCUAUGUUUGUGACGCUCUAUCAGUGGAUUCAGAGUCUCGCUGCUGUCCUGAAAUAGGAGACAAAUUUUCUUGUCAUGGAUGCAACCUUCUUUCACAGUGUUGCAAUUCUUAUGAAUAUUGUGUGUCUUGCUGCUUAAAUCCAUCAAAGACGCUGAAGCAGAGUAUCAUAAAGAUGAAGAUUGCAAAGCCAGCUACUGCAGGAACUUAUGCAAAUGUCUUUGACUUUUGUGCUGGGAGGUGCCGUCAUAAUUCUGAGAGUGUGGUUCAUGAAAAUGCAUAUAUCAGUGAUUUUCAUCACUGUUUUUCUACGACAUCAAAGUCUCCAGGAGAGAAUUCUACAAUGCUAGAAGCCAGACUUAAUGGCAUUAAUGUUGUUGUUGGAAGGCAAGGUGAGUCAUGCGAUUCAGUUUGCAAGUCAAAUGGACAAUCAUGUGUUCCAAAUAAGCUUUUGGUGCUUAAUCAAUGUGACAUUAUGCAGAAAUACUUGAGAUGCAAAGGAGCCUGUUUGUCAAGCAUGGGAUCCGACCAACCUGCUGAAGUUGUUGAUAAUGCUCCUAAACAUUUGAAUCCCGGAGCAUGUUUGUACACCCGGACGCAGUCCAUGCUUUCAUGUGAUGGUUCUCAUCAGCAUACCAGGAGGCUGUGCCCUUGUGCAUAGUGGAUUUAAUUGUUUCUCUAAUGCUGUUUGUAAAGGGAUCAAGUGUUUAAAAAAGUUUUUGAGGUCCCCACAACAAGAUGAAAAUUGAGAAUCACACUAUUGUCCAAUGGCCAGGUUUUCAAAUUUCAUUUCGAGAAGUAGCCGUUUCUAGUCCUUGCAUAUGAUUAAAUAUGUUUGUUAAGUCAGAAACAAAACAUCAUAUUUCAGGCACUAUGCUUCAGAAAUUAUAAUCUUUGACGUGUAAUUUUUUAUAAAAAAAUCUUGUAUUUUGUCAAUCUCGACGGAAAUUCUUGUAUAUAUGAACUGAUGGAAUUUCUUAUGAAUGUUUGUAAUAAUAGUAAAUUUCUGUAUCA